AUGCCUCCCAAGAAGGUUGAAGUUGUUAAGGAUAAUGUUGUUGCUUUCGGCAGGGUUCGCAAGAACCUGAAGAUGGGAUGCGUUGGCUUGCCCAAUGUGGGAAAGUCGAGUUUAUUCAAUCUCUUGACCGAGCAGAGUGCUGCUGCAGAGAACUACCCCUUUUGUACAAUUGAGCCUAAUGAGGCGAGAUGUGCUGUUCCCGACGCUCGAUAUGACUUUCUCUGUGACCUCUGGAAACCGCCGUCCAUGUACCCCGCGUUUCUCCAGGUCACCGACAUUGCCGGCCUGAUCAAGGGUGCUUCUCAAGGAGCGGGACUUGGAAAUGCCUUUCUGUCUCACAUCCAGGCCGUUGACGGCAUGUUCCACAUUGUCAGAGCAUUCGAUAACGAUGAAGUUCUGCACGUCGAUGACUCAGUUGAUCCCGUCCGGGACUUAAACACUAUUCAAAGCGAGCUUUGCAAGAAAGAUCUCGACAUUCUGCAGAAGACAAUCGUCGCCGAAGAGGCAAUCGUCAGAAAGGCAGGUGGCAAAUACAAAAUGCUGCCUCUCUUCACAGAGACAACGACAAAGAUCCAAGCGAUGCUGGAGAAGGAUCAGCCGGUUAGAGACGGAAGCUGGACGCCGGCCGAGAUUGCGCUCAUUAACGAGAAGAUCCAGCUAAUCACCACAAAGCCAACGAUCUACCUCGUUAACUUGACAAUGAAGGACUACCUCAGACAGAAGAGCAAGUACCUGCCGGCCAUUGCCAAGUGGGUCACUGAGCACGGAGGCGUUCCCAGAGACAUCAUUCCCUUCUCUAUCGAAUUUGAAGAAAAACUCAACAGUCUGAAGGAUGAUCCAGCUGCACGGGCCGAGUUUCUCAAGGAGAGCAAGGUCAAGUCAAAGCUGGACAAGAUUAUUACCGAAGGAUUCACGAAGCUCGGCCUGCAAUACUACUUCACCGCUGGUGAGAAGGAGAUCAGAUGCUAG